AGGAUACUAACCAUUGGACAUAAAACAUCUCUUAACCUAAUUUUGGACUAUAAAUUGAAUGAAAAAUUGAUAUCAAAAUACAGGCUGGAAAGAAAAGAGGCAAAACGGCAGCAGGACCAUCUUCUCCUUCAAAUUUGUAGCUUCCAAACAACCUCUGGUCCCAGUCACGGACAAUAAUCAAAGAAAGAAAAUGGAUUCUGAUAUGAUCAAGCUAUGCAAAGAAAGACUAGAGAAGAAAAUUAAGAAACAGAAAGCUGAUCUUAUUCGAAAGGAGGUUGAGCACCAUCGGUCGAUAAUGACUCCUUUGUAUGAAAAAAGGAAUGAAGUAAUUAAGACGAUUCCGAACUUUUGGCUUACUGUUUUUCUGAACAAUAAAACUCUAAGCAAACAAUUGAACAACACAGAUAAAAAGAUUUUCGAGUUCUUAAGUUCCAUUGAGGUUGACAAAUUUGAAGCUGGUCAUUCAAUCGAUUUUGUUUUUCAAACUAAUGACUAUUUUAGUAAUACCAAUCUGAAAAAGACUUUUACCUACAAUGAAGAUGGUGAAUUAGUAAGCAUUAACUCUACAAAAAUUGACUGGAAACCUAACAAAGGAAUUCCGGACAAAAUUGAUCACAACAAUGAAGGAUUGUCUACUUCCAAUCUGAGUUUCUUUCAUUGGUUCUAUAGCACAAUGGAGAAAGAUGAACUGAUUUUUGAAGAUAAGAUUGCAGGGAUAAUUAAAGAUGAAGUAUUCCCAGAUGCUCUCAAAUUUUUAGACGAUGAUCAUAAUAACCUUGAAGGUGAAGGUCCAUCAGAAGAAAGAAAUUAUUAAGUAAUUGAUGACGAUUGAGGAGAAAAAUCAGUGUGAACAUGGUGCUCCAGUUCUUGGUGUCAUUCGAAUCGAUGUGCAGAGCAGGAGUUUUCUGAGUUAAUUCGGGUUUGCAUAAAGUUUGUUUUGAUCAUAUUUCAACCGGUGUGCUGCAAUGAAGAAACAUACUUUGGAAAUUUGCUCUUAAGCCCUCCAAUUUGCUCCCAAGCCCCCCCAAAAUUUCGUUCUUUCAAUUAAGUUUGGAAAUUACCUUCCAAACUUAGAUUGUUGUUGGGUGUAGUUUUCGUCAGUUUUGUUUUCCCUGUAUUUGUUUUAGAAUUUAGUGUUGUUCUAAGGAUUAGGCAUGGUGUUAUAUAAGUGAAUGAAGAAUGGUAGGUUACAUUUUUAUAUUUGAAGAGUGGGAUCGGAAGAUACAUUCCGAAUUGGAUUAAUGUGAUAUUGGCUCGGUAGUUACGUCCCGAACUAACAUGUUCGGAACGUAACUUUCAAACUGAAUUUAUGUGUAAAAAUGGA